AGUGCAACUUCGUUUCAUGUCAUUUAAUGCUGCUAUCAAGAGACAGAAUGGAUUUAAUUAUAUGAUGUUUGAUGAUCUUCAUUGUUUAUACAGAGCUUGAUCUGUCUUCAAAAUGAGGUACCAGGAAUGGAGAAAAGAGGGCACUUUUGUUCAUGCGCACUCUAUGAACACUUACAUGCCCUCUGUUAUCAGUGAGGAUAAAGCAGUGACAUCUGACCCUGUUAUGUCUCCAGAAUGUAGCUGUGUGUCAAUGAAGAGCGACUGGUCCAUAGAGAUCCCUCCCGAUUUCAGCGAUAAAGCAGUGACUUCUUACUCUGAAAUGAAGAGAGAUGCUGUGAUCAGAUCAGUGACCCCCAAUUUGACCUGCACUGAAUCUGACUUUCAGAGGGUCAAAGAUAAACACAAAACCAACAUGAAGACCAAAUAUGAGGGAUUAUUUGAGGGAAUCAAUCUAGAAGAGAACCAAACCCUCUUGAACAACAUCUACACACAGCUCUACAUCAUAGAGGGAGAGAGUAAAGGAGUGAAUGAAGAACAUGAGGUUUUACAGAUGGAGAAAACAGCCAGAACACAAGACACUCCAAUCUACUGCAAUGACAUCUUUAAACCCCUAAAUAAACCAGAGCAUGAGGAGAAAGACCAAAUCAAGACUGUUCUCACUAAAGGCAUCGCUGGAAUUGGAAAAACCGUCUCAGUGCAGAAGUUCAUUCUAGACUGGAGUGAAGGAAAAGCCAAUCAGGAUGUAGAUUUCAUGUUUGUGCUUCCAUUUCGAGAGCUGAACUUGAUUAAAGAUCAUCAGUACAGUCUUCACAGACUUCUGCUGGACUUUCAUCCUGAACUUCAAGAUCUGGACUCAGACAUGUAUGAGGAGUGUAAAGUCGUGUUCAUCUUUGAUGGUCUGGAUGAAAGCAGAAUCACACUGAAGUUUUCAGACGUUGAGAGAGUUAGUGAUGUGAAUGAGUCUUCAUCAGUGGCUGUGUUGAUGUCAAACCUCAUCAGAGGAGAUCUGCUUCCCUCUGCUCUCAUCUGGAUCACCUCCAGACCAGCAGCAGCCAAUCAGAUCCCCUCAAAAUACAUCCACCGUCUGACAGAAAUUCAGGGAUUCAAUGAGCUUCAGAAGGAGGAAUAUUUCAAGAAGAGAAUCAGUGAUGUGGGUCAAGCCAGCAGAAUCAUCUCCCACAUCAGAAGAUCCAGAAGCCUCCACAUCAUGUGUCACAUACCCGUCUUCUGCUGGAUCUCAGCCACUGUGCUUCAGAAGCUCCUGAACCAAGAUGACAGAGCAGAAAUCCCUCAAACUCUGACUGAAAUGUACAUCCACUUCCUACUGACUCAGAUCAACACGAGGAACCAGAAGUAUGAAGAGAGAGAUCCAGAGAAACUCCUGGAGUCCAGCAGAGACGUGAUUGUGAAACUUGCUGAACUGGCUUUCAACCAGCUGAUGAAGGGCAAUGUGAUGUUCUAUGAGGAGGACCUGAUUGAGAGCAGCAUAGACGUCACUGACGCCUCAGUGUAUUCUGGGAUUUGCACUGAGAUCUUCAAGGAGGAAUCUGUGAUUCAUCAGAGGAAAGUCUACAGCUUCAUUCAUCUCAGCUUUCAGGAGUUUCUCGCUGCUUUCUUUGUGUUUUACUGCCAUAUAGUCAAGAAUGAGGAGUCACUAAAGUUUUUUCUGAAUGACAAAUAUAACCGCUAUAGUAGGGGAAACUCUCUUUAUGAGUUACUAAAAGCAGCAGUCAUUAAGUCCUUAAAAAGUGAAAAUGGACACCUAGAUCUUUUCCUGCGGUUUCUGCUCGGCCUCUCACUGAAAUCCAAUCAGAGAUGCUUACUGCGGCUACUGACUCACACAGAGAAGAGCUUUGAGACCAUCAUGAGAAUCACAGAUGACAUAAAAGACAAAGUUAAGUUGGAUAAAUAUCUCUUAGUUGAGAGAUGCAUCAAUCUGUUCCUCUGUCUGCUGGAAAUGAAGGAUCAGACUCUGUACAGAGAGAUUCAGGAGUUUGUGAAACCACAAAAUGGCUCCGUGAAGAAACUCUCUCCAUCUCACUGUUCAGCAAUCUCCUACAUGCUCCAGAUAUCAGAGGAGGAGCUGGAUGAGUUUGAUUUGAAGAAAUACAACACAUCAGAUGAGGGCAGAAGGAGACUGAUACCAGCUGUGGUGAACUGCAGGAAAGCUCUACUUGCUGGCUGUAAUCUCAGUGAUCAGGUCUGUGAAAGUUUGUCUUCAUCUCUACAAUCAUCAAAUUCACUGAGAGAGCUGGACCUGAUGUGACCGCACCUUUACAAUGACCUGCAGGAUUCAGGAGUGAAGCUGCUCUCUGAUGGACUGAAGAGUUCACACUGUCAUCUGGAGAUACUGAGAUUAUCUGGCUGUAUGGUGACUGAGGAAGGCUGUUGUUUUCUGGCUUCAGCUCUGAGAUUAAACCCCUCACACCUGAAAGAGCUGGAUCUGAGCUACAAUUACCCUGGAGAAUCAUUAGCUGAGCUGAUCUCGGAUCCAAACUACAAACUGACCACACUCAAUGUGGAUCAAGGAGGAGAAUUCAGGAUUAAAAGAGGACCAGAAAAAUAUGUCUGUGAUCUCACUCUGGAUGUAAACACCGCACACAAUCGUCUCGCUCUGUCUGAGAACUGCAGAAAAGUGACACAUGUGACAGAGGAGCAGUCCUAUCCUGAUCAUCCAGAGAGAUUUGUUGGCUUUCUUCCUCAGGUUCUGUGUAAAGAGAGUCUGACUGGACGGUGUUACUGGGAGGCCGAAUGGAGUGGUGAAGAGCUUUACGUAUCAGUGGCAUAUAAAGGAAUCCGUAAUGACUGUAGAUUUGGAUUUAAUGGAAAGUCCUGGAGUCUGGUUUGGUUUAAUAACAGAUUCAUUGCCAGACACAAAAAUGAGAGCACAAUCAUACCUGCCCCAUCGUGCUCUAAAAGAGUAGGAGUGUAUCUGGACUGGUCUGCUGGGGCUUUGUCCUUUUACAGCAUUUCUGACACGCACACGCACACACACUUACACACAUUCAAAACCAAAUUCACUGAACCACUCUAUGCAGGGUUUGGACUUUAUUGUGACAGUUCAGUGACUCUAUCUGCGAUUAAAGAGUUGUCUGUGAAAAACAAUGAAGACACACAUAAAAAUAACACAUGACUGCUGCCUUUUACAGCAGUAAACUCUUUAUCUCUCAUGAUCUUAUAUCAGAGUGUAAACCGAAACACACCCAUUGACUUUGGACCAAACAGGACUCUGCUUUGUUUUUAUAGACAUUUGAAUGCAGCUCAAGAGAAAAGACUAAAGAGUUAAAUUUGUCAUUUAUUGAUGUUAAACAUUAAAGGGUAGCUGAAUCUCCAACACUAUUCUUUAAAACAUCACAAUGUCCUUUUCUGCGAUAUCGGAAUAUAUAUUCUGUGCAAAAUUGUUCACAGAUAUGCAGUCCUCACUUUCUAAUUGUGGCUUCAUGUUUUUUCCCUUUAUUAGCUUUCUGAUCAAGUUAAGUCAGAUUUAUUAGUGUAGUGAAUCAUCUGAUUUCUUGAAUUGUCUCAGCACAUUUUAUAUUGAGCAGGUAUAAUAUUCAUUAAUAUUAAUAAUUCUAAUUCUUAUAUUCACUUAAUGACAAUCCAGCCUGCCCAUUCUAGUGUGUUGGGCUCAUGACUGGUGCUGGGUAAUUUUUCAGGGAUCUGGCUGUUCACUGUAAAAGUACCAUUACAUGGCCAAAAAUGUAGUGCAAGUAGAGUAAAA